UUACAUGUACAAACGUUUGCAUUCAACAACAUUUAUCAAAUCAAUUUACGACCUCUCAAUUUUCAGAAAGGAGUAUUUAUUUUUAAUUUGUGAAUCCAUAUUGUGUUUAUCAGGCAGCUCGGCUAAGAAGGGCACAUUUCUCGCUGUAAUCAUGGCUCUCCAGCUGCUUUCAAGAUCGCUUACGGGUCUCAUUGUAGAGUCAUCGUCAAUGAUUCAGCAAAAAACUUUUAGUGUAUCCGCUGUUGCGGCAGCCAUUCAGAAGUUGACGAGAGUGCGCGUUGUGGACAACAGCUCUCUUGGAAAUACACCGUAUCACCGUUCCCCAAGAGUAAUCCAUGUCUACACCAAGAAUGGUGUCGGGAAAGUCGGGGACAAAGUGUUGCUCGCCAUCAAAGGACAGAAGAAGAAGGCACUGAUUGUUGGACACAAAAUGCCUGGAGAACGCAUGAGUCCGCGCUUUGAUUCAAACAACGUUGUUCUAAUUGAGGAAAAUGGAAAUCCAACAGGAACAAGGAUUAAGGUCCCGCUACCCACCCUUCUGCGUAAAGUGGAGGGAGAUUACUCGAAAGUCCUAGCAAUUGCUAGUUCCUUUGUUUGAUAACACCUUUCUGUAAUGUAAUUCUUAUUUUCACAUCUACUUGGGGUUUAUGAACAUUGUAUGCUUUAAUGUCUUCAAUAAAAGUUAAAAGGAGCAUCGACCCAUCAUCAAAUGGUCUCUAAAG